AUGAACAAGGGAACUGUAUUACCUGUCGAAAUUUCACCUCAAUUGUUGAGGCCUUUAGCGUAUAGGGUUCUGUCGAAGAAGUAUGGCCUAAAUAUUAAAUCUGAUGGGCUUACAGUGUUAGCAAAAUUCAUCGGGAGGACAUUUGGAAUUGAUUGGCGAAAAAGUCCAGAUACUAUGAAGUUUUUAGAAAAGUUUGCUACUGUUUGGCGAGAGCAGGAGCGUGGCAUAUUCGUUGAUGGGGAAGGAUCCGAAGAAGUUACCAGAGAGUUGAUUGAGCGGAGUAAGGCUACAAAAGAGCGCUCAAAACAAGUUAUUAAACAAGCUGGAGGACAAGUGGUUAAUAAUAAGACAUUAGAUGCAUAUAUAAAGGAUAAGUCUCGAGCUCAAGGAUUGCAGAUGGCAAGCGAUGGAGAGAAAGACAACGAUGAAGUUGACCUAUCCUCACAGGUUGCUCUUUCUGAGGGUUCGCGAUCAACCUCCCCUGUCCUAGAAGCUAAGAGAAUGCAAGGUGUUCCAGCUAUUGACGACGAUCCCGAAAAUCUCAAUAUACUCGACGAAGACAUUUAUGGGACUUCCAGCGAUGAAUUACAGUGGACGGAUUAUUUCAAAGUCAUCAAUUGUUUUACCCAACAGCGAUUUACAUAUGAUGCCAGCAAAAAGCGGUACAGAUUUAUACGCACGAAGGUGCCUCCUGAUGCUUCGGGAAACCCCUCUGUGACUAGAAUCAAGGUUCCAAGUGUUCAAUCUAAUAUAUCAUUAUUCCAGACGCGUUAUCAUAUUGUCAAAGACAGGGUUUUACGAAACCCACAAUUCCAAAACGAUGAUAAAUAUAACCCGUUAUUCUCAAUGUCACAGUUAGAGAAUCAAUUGAAGGGGAAUGCAGCUGAUAUCAGCUCUAACAUGUACAUUUCAAUCACACAGAUAAAAAAUUUGUUGGGGCGGAACGGAAAGAACUUUCUACUUCUUGGUCUAAUAAGAAAGAAUUCUAAAGACGUAUGGUCACUAGAGGAUCCUUCAGGAACAGUAGAAUUGGAUAUUUCUGAGGCUUUACCGACGAAAGGCUUAUUCUAUGUUCCAGGUUUCAUUGUUUUAGUGGAAGGUAUUUAUUAUUCCGUCGGGAACAAGUUUCGAGUGUCCUCUAUAACUCACCCUCCAGGAGAAAGAAGGGAAGAAACGUUAGAAGCAAUUGGAAACUUAGAUCUAUUGGGCAUACAUGGUCCCUCAAACGAACAUUAUGUUGCAAGACUAGAUAAGGAAUUAAAAAUUAGGCUACAUUUAUUGGAACGGGAGUUGACUGACCAUAGGUUUGUAUUUUUAGGCGGGAACAUAUACCUUGAUGAAAUUUCUACCUUUGGAGCGUUAAAGAAGGUUUUCAACCGGCUGGAAGAAGAUCCUCCUACUGUUGUCGUGUUAUGUGGGUCUUUUUCUUCCACUCCACUUCAUCCUUCUAUGAACAGUAGAAAUGUUACAGCAGUACAUGCCUACAGGAAUAAUUUCGAUACACUAGCGGCCCUUCUUUCAGAAUAUGAGAAUUUAAUUAAUGAAACGACGUUUAUUUUUGUCCCAGGAGGUAACGAUCCUUGGAGUUCAAUGGUUAGUAUGGGGGUCGCUGGUACACUCCCGCAGAAACCAAUUCCAGGGACUUUUACAGGUAAAAUAAACAGAAUUUGUAAGAAGAUAAUUUGGGCAUCCAAUCCAACCAGGAUAGCAUACUUGUCACAAGAAAUUGUGAUAUCCAGGGAUGACAUAACUGCCAGAUUUAAGCGUAAUAACAUCAUUUUCCCUACUGUUGAAGAAGAACAGCGCGCAGAAUACUUAUCACUUCAAAGGGAACUGCAGGCUGAAAAUCAGGAUCCUGAUUUAUCUAUUAGUCAAAUGAUUAAGUCAAGGGAUCAGCUACCAGCAACUGUCCAGGAAUCACGGAAGAUUAUCAAAACAAUUCUCGAUCAGCAACAUUUAUCGCCCUUCACUGCACAGCUUCGACCAAUUGUAUGGGACCUUGAUUACACGCUGCAGCUAACGCCGAUUCCCUCAACCCUGGUAAUUUGCGACAAUACUGCACCAAAUUUUGAAGCAACGUACAACGGUUGCAAAACCAUAAACCCAGGCGCUUUUAUACACAAAAGAACCGCAAGGUACAUGGAGUUUAUUCCCUCAACAAGAAAAGUCAUCGAAGAGGAAGUAAUAUUCUAA